AUGUCCAACCGAACUAUCUGCGACGUCGACACGCCAGAUCCCUGGAUCGUGGCCGGCAACGGCAAGUUCUACUUCACAUUCACCCUCGACAACCGCAUCGAGAUCUGGGCCUCCCACACGCUUGAGAACUUCCACCAGUGCCAUAAGAGUGUGGUUUGGCAACCCGCGCCGGGCAGCCCCUGGUCCGUUAACAUCUGGGCGCCGGAGCUGCACUACCUCAAAGGCUGGUGGUACAUCUAUACUUGCGGCGCGCCGCCCGGCGUCGGGAACCCGGGCCACCGGACAACAGUGCUCCGGUCGUCGUCGCAGGACCCGAUGGAUGCCAGCGCAUGGGAGUUCCUCGGUCCGCUUAAGGGCAUGCCAGACCACUGGUCUAUCGACGCGACCGUGUUUAGCCCCAACGGGCAUGAUCUGUACUGCUGCUGGUCUGGGUGGCCCAUCGGCGACACGUCUGAUACACAGCAGGACUUGUUCCUGAUUAAACUCCGCGUACCAGAAGAGGCAAUCACGGAGACGCUGGUCUGCAUCUCCCGGGCCGAGCUGCCGUGGGAACGUCCGGAUGGGGGCCGUCGCGGGGUAAACGAGGGGCCGACGUGGGUGAACAUCCCCGGCGUAUUCAGCGGCAUCGUGUACUCCGCCGACGGGAGCUGGACAAGCGACUACAAACUCGGAUCCCCUCAGCCCAACGUCCUGGGCAAAGAGAUCAACACCACUGCUCGUCAGCCAUGA